CGUAAAGAUGGCGUCGUCACGGACUCUGCGGCCCCGCCGCAUCUCUGCAGCUGUGGCCGUUUUUCUCGGUUUGCUGAGCGUUUUAAAAACGGGAAGCUGCGACGAGCAGGUGCCGCUUCUCCUGUGGACCAGCGAAGGGAUCUCUGCACCGACUCAGUCUCCUCCCACCGCGGGCCACAUUGUUGGGCAGCAGCAGCUCGCCUCUUACCUGGAGAGAGCUCUGAAUGUGGGGCCACGAAAUGUAGUGCUGUUCCUUCAGGACAAGAUGAGCAUAGAGGACUUCACCAUGUACGGAGGAGCUUUUGGAAACAAGCAGGACACUGUUUUUCCCAACCUGGAGGCGGCUCUGAUGUCCUCGUCCUCCCCUCUGGUUUUACCUGCUGUGUCCUGGCCUGCCUCCAAUGCGGUGAUUGGCCAGCUCCAGGACCAAUUAGAAACCUCCCCUCUGUACAUGGACCCUGAGACACUGAGCCAGCUGAGACUCAACGCCUCCUCGCCCGCCCUGCUGGUGUUCAGGCUGCCCUACGGCAUCGGAGCUGAUCUGAUGUCUGCUAAAGAAGUUCUCAGUGGAAACGAUGAGGUGAUUGGUCAGGUGCUGAGCAUCAUGAAGACGCAGUCUGUUCCAUACACAGCCAUCUACACAGCCCUGCGGCCCUCGAGGGAGGCAGCGUCUCUCUCUGUGGAAGCAGGUCUGGGCGGAGGACGCUCUCUGCUGCAGGCCAGAGGUGGAUACAGGGAGAGGCAGCGAGAAAGGGAGAGGCAGCAGAGGAUUAAAGAGAGGGCCGGGAUCUAUGCUCCCGUCGAGUUUAAGGAGGGGGAGAACACCUGUAUCCUCCUGUGGGCAGAAGGCCUGUCUGUGAGCAUCCUUCGGAGCGGUCGCUGGGAAGACCAUGACCUGACGCCGUCUACCUUCGGAGAGGGCGUCAGCCCAAAACUCCACGGUUCAAGCUGCGACAAAUCCAAAGCAAAGUUGGUUCUUAAUUAUGAGAACGUCCUCGGCCACCGCAGCUUUAAACUGAUCUUUGCGAUGAGCCAGCGUCACUACAAGGUGUCCGCACGUCGCUGGUUCACGCUGGACGCCGUAGAGCUGGAGUACGACGGGACCAAGGCCACAUUCAACGGCAGCAGGAACAUCUACGCCCCCGCUGAGUACUCGUACCGCUGCGAGUCCGUCACCAGCUUCCGCUGGCCGCUGCUCGUCCCACGCUCAUCCAAAGAUCCAGCCAAUCAGUGGAGGGUCUCAUUCGAAGACUUCCAGAUCCAGGGCUUUAACGUGAGCGACAGUGAGUUCUCAUAUGCCAGUGACUGUGCAGGCUUCUUCUCUCCUGGUAUCUGGAUGGGUCUGAUGACCAGUCUCCUCAUGGUCCUGGUCCUCACCUACGGCCUGCACAUGAUCAUGCAGCUCCGCACGAUGGACCGCUUCGACGAUCCCAAGGGCCCGGCCAUCUCCGUGCCCCAGACAGAGUAACACACCUCCGUCUGUCCUCCAUCUGUCCCCCUGUCUGUCCCUCCCGUGCCCCUCUUACUGAAAUGCUUCCACUCCCGUCCUUCACAUUCCUCCCCGUUCAUCUGUAGUUGGGCAUUAUACAGAAUAAUUAGUGAUGUUGUCAGAAUAAAGUUUUAUUUAUCAUAUAAAGUGUUAAUUUAUACCUUUUAAGAUGUGAAUCCUGAGACUGAAGAAUGGAGUUAGCCCCAGUUUGUGCCUCAGGUUUCAGUGUCACGUUGGACGCUUCCUGUGUCUCUGAAAGAAAAAGACAUGGAGAUGUUUAACAGUUUAACACUUUAAUGAAAGAAUUUCAGGAAUCCUCAAAGACGCCAGCUGGAUAAAAAAAAAAUAUCCUGUUUGCUGCACAGUUAAAUAAAAUUCCUGCUUCAGGACCAUUUUGGUUUUUCCGAGCGUCGCUGGGUGAAACUGAUCCACAGCAGAGGCACAGACUGGGACCAGUGUUCAGGCCGUGGAUCAAAUGUCCCACAUGAACGGGACACAGCUGUGCACACGGGCACAUGAAUUAUGAAAUGCUAUUUAUCGGUAAAGUACUGUCGCGUGUGUGUAUUUGUGUUUACAGUAGUGUCUGUGAGUACACAGGUUAAAUGUAGUUGUUGAAUGAAGGGAAUUAAUUUUCUGUGGAUGAUCAAUCACAUCGAUCAGCUUUAGGUCAAAGGGACAUUCUGAUGAGGAAGAACUGAAAUAUCAGCAUUAAAAGUCAUUUCCACUUGUUUCUGAAUUAUCCUCAUGUAACUUUUCAUUUCUGAAUAUUGUUUUUCUGUUGUAAUUAACAUGAACGUUGUGUUUCUCAAGUCGAGCUCUCAGCUGACGUGCACUGAAAUCUGCUUUGUGUGAAAUUAUUUUUUGUCUGUUAAUUUAUUUUGUUUGGAUGAUUAGUAGUGAACAUUGAUGAUGUGUGGUCCUGUGCUGUGCUGCUGCUGCUGCUGUGACUCCAAUAAAUCAGCUGUGAAAACUCA